CUCUUCUGCACCGCCGUUUCCUCCCACUUUCUGUCACUUUCCCGGGAAAAGAUUGUAACAGCACCCGCUGCGUGCCACUGCACUCUCUGGGACUCUGCACGUUAGGUUCAAAGCAAGCGGUUAUUCUAUUGUAAAAAAAAUGGGAGACAGAUUCCAUUGCAGCAGAGAGAGAAAGUGUAGAUAGAUAGAUAGAUAGAGAGAGAGAUAGUGUGUGAAGACUGCAAGUAGAAAGAUCCUUCAAAAAACCCUGAAUUUUUGGGGUUUGCGCUAGCUUGGUUUUGUCCUCUUUCGAAUUCGAGACUCCACCGACUUCAAUAACGUUUUUUUAUCUUCUCUUCUUUCUCUCUACCUUAUUACUCUUGUACUGCACCGUUCAACAUCUGGAUUUGGCAUCGACCGCAAUAUUUCGUUAGCCAUGGCGUUUGAUCAAAAUUCCGUUCCCAACGAUAUGCGGCCACUGAACUCGACCCGAAAUCUAGCUGAAGAGCCAGUCGUUUUGCCGCCUGUGAGUACAACGGUUCGGGAGCAUGGAACCCCUGGCGCUAUGCCCCUUUUCUACCCUGCUUCUGUCUCUGAUGCUGGUUUGGUUGGAAUGGGGUAUGGAAAUGUGGCUUCGGGUGCUGCUGCUGCUGCUGCUACAACCAGGUGCGUUCGCCCUGCUGUGCCGAUUCCCCAUCCCACCGUGAACCCUGCUAUUGGGUUUAGUCAUGCUUCUAAUAUUCCCAAUGCUGUUGAUCUUUCGGGUAGCUUUGUGGCAGCUGCAAAUGGAUAUCCUAUGAAUUCGGGAAAUUGGGUUGGGGGUAAUGGGUUGGAUAAUGCCCUUCAGGGAAACAGCAGGGUCAUUGGCAAUGCCAGUGAUCAUGUUGGUGGUGUUGGGUUAACUGGGAUUGGUUUGAGUCCUACUACAAGUCAGCGGGCUGAUCAGGUGUGUGAUGCCGGCGGGGAUGAUUCCUUGUCGGGGCGAAAAUUGAAGUUUAUGUGCAGUUAUGGUGGGAAGAUUAUGCCUAGGCCAAGUGACGGAAUGUUGAGAUAUGUUGGAGGGGAGACGAGGAUCAUAAGUGUUAGGAAAGAUGUGAGGUUUAAUGAUUUGGUGCAAAAGAUGGCUGAUACUUUUGGGCAACCUGUGGUUAUCAAGUAUCAGCUCCCUGAUGAGGAUCUUGACGCACUGGUCUCGGUUUCCUGCCCCGAUGAUCUGGAGAAUAUGAUGGAGGAGUAUGAAAGAUUAACUGAGAGAUCUCCUGAUUGUUCUGCUAAAUUGAGGGUCUUUCUGUUUUCAGCUUCAGAACCUGAUCCUUCUUAUGUGGCACCCUUUGUGGAUUUACAAAGUAGUAGGCAAAAAUAUGUUGAAGCGGUGAAUGGAAUUACUGAUGGUAUUAGUGGUAAACUCAUAAGGAAAGAGAGUAUUACAAGUGCAGCUUCUACCCAAAAUUCUGAUUUGAGUGGAAUAGAGGUUCUUGAUAGCUCAAAUGCUGCUCAAGGGGAUGUCAACGGGGCACCUUCUUCUGCCUCUUUAUCAACUGAAGCGAAUGUGGCUGCUUCUCAUGAUGCUACUGCAAAUUUUGCAGUUUCUGAGCAGCCCAGUGCAUCAAUUUACUCAGAUGCUUCUGCGGUUUCAGUGGGCAUGCCUGUGACUAAUUCUGGUCCAACUCAGACUCCACCUUUCCAGAAUGAGGUUGAGUUAGAAAAGUCUGAACCUAUGACUUUGUCCCAGCAGCAAUUUGGGAAGCAGCAAUCUGGAAUUGAAAUUACAUCACCUGCACCUUAUUUGCAGCCUUUUGUUGAUCCUCGCCAGGAAGUUAUGAAACAUGCAGAUUAUGUCCAGAUGCAUACACAUAUGGGAUUUCCCAAUCCUCAGCUUUUAGGUAAGCCUGGGUCUAUCUACUCCCGACAUCAGUUUCAUGAUAAUACUCCUUGCUUAGUGUCCCAUCAGGUAAUGCCUGCAAUACAAAUGACAGUGACUCAGCCAUCUUCUCAUGCUGGUGGAAGAGCGAGUGUUAUUCAACCACAACCAUUCAUGCUGCCACAGCAAAACCGUUUGGACCAAUAUAUUGAUGAAAAUACUUCAGGGCUAAGGAUUCACCAGCUUCCUACUGAACAAAGUUACAAUGCAUAUCCGGUUCAAGUCCCUUCUGUUGUAGUUGGAGGUAAUUAUGGCUGGGUUCAGGCUCCUCCACCAGAGAAUGUUAGUUUCCCUGAUGCAUUAUUACCUCAACAACCAGUAAUGAUCCCUAAGAAAGUCCAGAGAGUGGAGGACUGUUAUAUGUGUCGGAAAAAACUGCCUCAUGUACAUUCAGAUCCAGUGGUUCAGGAUCAGCCUAAUAGUUGUGCUGGUCCAUAUACUGAUUCAAUUCCAAGUUACCAUAGUCUCCCUAUGGAGGAAAAUUUUAGAGCUCAAGCAACAAAUAGGGUUUUGGUGACUGCACCAAUGAAGGACGGCAAUGUUGAACAAGCAGUUGGGACCAGACCCAGGGUCUUUAGUAAAUUGGAACCUCCGGGUGGAUUACCAUGUACUGACACAACUGGAUUUUCUCUGGAGCCUGAAGGUGAGAGAAUUUUUACACAAAAGCUUGACGAUUCGGUUGAUCCCAGGAAAGCAGUUAUCCAAGAAGCAGUUGGAAGAACAGUUGAGAAACAGCGACCGAGUGAUGGGUUGACGGGAACAGCACCACUGUCUUAUCUAGAUGAUGUCGUCUGCCAGCAUAUUGUGCCAGUUGAAAACUGGGCUAAAGAGGAUGUGCUUGUGAAUAAACCUGUUAAUGAUGAUAUACCUUUGGUUGGUAGCACAUCUAUUGAAACUUCUGAGUGUAUGGUUCAAGAAUCUCCAAAUGAACUUGUUAGCACUAUUUCAAAAGCAGAUGCUGUGGAGAAUUGGAUUGCACAGGACCAUCUCAAACCUAUUGAUGGAAGGAUGGACACCCUCAAGAUAGGCAAUCCUGAAUUUUAUGUAAAUAAUGAUAAAUUUGAUUGCAACACUCAGCAUGCUGUAGAAAAAAAAGGGAUGAUUCUGGAUAACAACUUUGGCAGGUCAAAAUUGAUUGCUGAUGCAAAUCAAAAUAAGAUGAUGGAUGUGCUUCCCAGUUCUACUAUGGAAAUUUCAUAUGGGAAUAAUUCCAGGCCAGUGGAAUAUAAUGAGGUUGUCCAACCCCCUGUUUGGGGGGGCAUUCUUGGAUCAAAUCCUCAAUCAAAGAGUGGAAACCAUCUCAUGGAUGAUGCAGUUUUGUCUUCAAUUUCACCAUCUGUCAGGUUUGCAGAUGUGCAAGAUUCUUCAAACUCACUUUUUAGCAAUCAGGAUCCCUGGAAUAUACAUGGCACUUACUUUCCACCACCUAGACCUAACAAAGUGGCAUUGAAGAAAGAAACCUAUUCUUAUAAAGAUCAGUUUGGUGAGAAUCCAGGCAACAACAGGGAACAAAAUUUAGAAGCUCAAUUGGACGAUGGCCUCUACCAGACAUUCAAACAGAAUUUAACUUUAGAUGAAGCUCAAUCUGUCAAGGGCUUAUCAGAAGACCGACAACUUCAAGCUGUUGCUGAAGGUUUAGCUGCUUCUGUUCUGGACUCAAGCACUUCUUCGAAUCCUGAAUUGCAUGCCAGAGAUGUGUCCCAUCGUGAAGACAUUGACGAUGGAGAUAUUCAAAAUGAUAUAACAAAUAUACAGUGUGUUGAUAAAACUCAGGAUGUUAAAAGCAAGCUCCCAGAGAAGGCAAAUUUUGGCUUUCCAGUUUCAAAUGUUGGAGCGUUGCAGGUUAUAAAGAAUUGUGACCUUGAAGAGCUGAAAGAAUUGGGUUCUGGGACCUUUGGGACUGUAUAUCAUGGAAAAUGGAGGGGUACUGAUGUUGCAAUAAAGCGGAUUAAUGAUAGGUGUUUUGCUGGAAAGCCUUCAGAGCAAGAACGCUUGAGAGCUGAUUUUUGGAAUGAGGCAAUUAAUCUUGCUGACUUGCAUCAUCCAAAUGUGGUAGCUUUCUAUGGUGUUGUACUUGAUGGCCCUGGAGGUUCUGUGGCUACAGUAACAGAGUAUAUGGUUAAUGGUUCUCUACGAAUUGCCUUGCAGAAGAAUGGGAGGAACCUUGACAAGCGCAAGCGUCUUUUGAUUGCAAUGGAUGUGGCUUUUGGUAUGGAGUAUCUGCAUGGAAAAAACAUAGUACACUUUGACUUGAAAAGUGACAACUUGCUUGUGAAUCUUCGAGAUCCACACCGCCCAAUAUGCAAGGUUGGUGACUUGGGUCUGUCCAAAGUGAAAUGCCAGACUCUAAUAUCUGGUGGUGUGAGAGGAACUCUACCUUGGAUGGCCCCAGAAUUGCUGAACGGGAGCAGUAGCCUUGUUUCAGAGAAGGUUGAUGUGUUUUCAUUUGGUAUUGUCAUGUGGGAACUCCUCACUGGGGAAGAGCCAUAUACUGAUUUGCAUUAUGGUGCCAUCAUAGGUGGUAUUGUGAACAACACUUUGCGGCCUCCAGUUCCAGAAACUUGUGAUCCAGAGUGGAGAUUGCUGAUGGAGAGGUGCUGGUCAUCAGAGCCAUCAGAAAGACCAACCUUCACUGAGAUUGCCAAUGAAUUACGUUCCAUGUCGGCCAAGAUCUCUCCCAAAGGACAAAAUCAACAGCAGCAACCUACAUCAUCAGAGAGCCAAGUUCAGAAAUGAUUUCCUACAACUGCAGGAUGCU